ACCAAUCUCACCCGUAGCUCUCCGAAGGCCACAGUCACCAGUAUCCGACCCCCGGUUCCUCCGCUCGGCCGCUCGCGCCGCCGUGCACAGCCGGGUGCCAAUGGAGCGCCUACACCUCGCGGUGUCCCACCGCCCGGCUCUCCCCCUCCCCACUCCUCACAACCACCUACGCCGCCGCCAUCUCCAGCUGCAGCCCUCCACUAGUUCUCUCUCCCUCUGCCGCCCCAUCUCCCCUCACAUCUCCCUCGCCCCUCGCCGCCACCUCCAUCCUCUCCUGGCCUCCGCGUCCGCCACCCAAGCUUCAAGCCCCAACACCGAGCCCGCACCGGCGCCGGCCCCCGCCGCGGCCUCGUCCGGCGCGAAGCUGCUCCCCCUCAUCGCCUCCAUCGCGGUCGGCCUCGCAGUGCGAUUCCUGGCGCCGCGGCCCCCCGAGGUGACUCCGCAGGCGUGGCAGCUCCUCUCCAUCUUCCUUUCCACCAUCGCAGGGCUCGUCCUCGGCCCGCUCCCCGUCGGCGCGUGGGCAUUCCUCGGCCUCACUGCUACCGUGGCCACGGGUACGCUCCCCUUCACCGCGGCGUUCGGGGCGUUCACCAACGAGGUCAUCUGGCUCAUCGUCAUCUCCUUCUUCUUUGCACGGGGGUUCGUCAAGACCGGCCUCGGCGACCGCGUUGCUACCUACUUCGUCAAGUGGUUGGGUGGAAGCACUCUGGGCCUAUCCUACGGUCUCACCAUCAGUGAGGCAUGCAUCGCGCCGGCCAUGCCCAGCACCACGGCGAGGGCUGGAGGGGUGUUCCUUCCCAUUGUCAAGUCGCUGUCGCUAUCGGCCGGCAGCAAGCCGAAUGAUCCAUCAGCGAAGAAACUGGGUGCCUACCUUGUCCAGUCUCAGCUGCAGGCAUCUGGCAACUCCAGUGCUCUCUUUCUGACCGCUGCUGCGCAGAAUCUCUUGUGUUUGAAGUUAGCGGAGGAGGCUGGUGUCAAAAUUGCAAGCCCGUGGAUAUCAUGGUUCAAGGUUGCAAGUUUGCCUGCCAUCAUUUCGCUUUUAGCAACACCUUAUUUGCUAUACAAAAUAUUCCCUCCAGAAAUAAAGGACACUCCUGAAGCCCCUGCAUUAGCUGCUCAAAAACUAAAGAAAAUGGGCCCAGUGACAAAAAAUGAAUGGGUCAUGGUUGCUACAAUGAUUCUUGCAGUCUCACUCUGGAUUUUUGGGGAUGCUAUUGGUGUGUCGAGUGUUGUUGCUGCAAUGAUUGGGCUUUCAAUUCUUCUUCUACUUGGAGUGAUGAACUGGGAUGAUUGCUUGAAUGAAAAGUCUGCGUGGGACACUUUAGCUUGGUUUGCUAUUCUAGUGGGAAUGGCAGGGCAGCUCACUGACCUCGGGAUUGUGUCAUGGAUGUCAAACUGUGUUGCAAAGGUUCUUCAGUCUUUCUCAUUGAGUUGGCCUGCAGCAUUUGGUGUUCUUCAGGCCUCCUAUUUCUUUAUUCACUAUCUAUUUGCAAGCCAAACUGCACAUGUUGGAGCUCUAUACUCGGCGUUUCUUGCCAUGCACCUAGCAGCUGGUGUUCCUGCUAUACUCUCAGCACUUGCUCUGACGUACAAUUCAAAUCUCUUUGGAGCACUAACACAUUAUAGCAGUGGGCAGUCCGCGGUUUACUAUGGAGCUGGGUAUGUUGACCUUCCUGAUGUAUUCAAGCUGGGGUUUACAGCAGCAGCGAUUAAUGCUUUGAUUUGGGGAGUAGUUGGUACAUUUUGGUGGAAAUUCUUGGGUCUUUACUGAGGAUUUCUGCGGUGUAAGUUGAUGGAAAUUGUUCUUUACUGCACCAGAAACCUAUGUGGCUCACCAUUUGGAGUGAGCUCAUCUUUCUUCAGAGGUGCCUGUUGAAAUGUAUAAUAAGAGAGGGAUGUUCACCGCUCAGAACUUUGAACAUGCUACAUUUGUGAAGACCCAGAAGGGUUCACAUAGUUUUCAAGACUGCAUUGUAUCUCUAUUUUGCAGAACUAAAUGCAAUGUAGGGAUGAGUUUAGAUC